CUUAUCACACAUUUUGCUAGUGACUACCAACGUGAAAAUCUGAAGGAAGGAAAACAGGAAUAUUCUCAGUAAAAAAAAAGGGUAACCUAGAGUGAAUUGUGAUAAAGUGAAUUGAACACAGCAAACAGGAGAAAAUUGUGAGCGCCCCCAGCAGCAAUCGGGAGCCUCUGAUGAACUGCCACCCACGCAGAUGAAAAUUUUGCUUCCUACACAACAGCAAAUAAGGAAAGCUGGAAAAUUUAAUAACUUCAGUGCAAUAUUGAUGUGAUAAAUAGUUAGAGGACACCCUUGAACCCACUCCAACAAACUGUGUACUAGUGUUAAACUAUUUUCGUGAACGUUUUUUCAUAUUCUGAACCAAUGUUUUGCUCGGUUUAAAUAAAAAAAAGUGAACAAGUGGACUAUUUAUUUCUUGGAUAUAGUUCAUCAAUCCAAACAACUUCUGAAUAGCAGGUUCGAGAGCAGUAAUCAUGUACAUCCUCCUGUUGCCUUUGUUAGGCCUAAUCACGCACGGCAGUGCCACACUGAAAUACCCAGUGUUUGGUACUAAAAGGUAUACCAGAGCCAACUUGCUACCGGCCUCCGAGUAUGGCAGCUCUCUCUCAGUACCGGUCUAUCCACCGGUUCCACAGUAUUAUGAUAGUCAACCACAGUAUAUGACGAUGCCACUUUACUCGAUGAGUCCUUCUACAUCGUCAGACUACUACGACGACAGUGGCUAUUACAAUAAUAAUUAUUACUACGUUCCACCCGUACAUCGACGCCACCAACGUCAAGAUCGUUAUCCAUCGUAUGGACUUCCGACUUACCGCGGUGAGUACAAACCUACUCCGUACUAUUACGCGCAUGCACCGAGUUACAGCUACUCGGAUGACAGGGAAUCCAAUAACCCAUUGGAUGAUCUACACGAAGAAAUGCUCCAGGAAGACGAGCGAGAGCGUGCCAGAGACUACAUUCCAAUAGGUCAAGAACAAUGGUAUGCGAGUCCAUCCCGAAACUCAGCUGACUCUGAUUUUCUUCGGAACCUCAUCAUGUACAACAAACAAAUGAACGCACUGCGCAGCAAUCAACCAGACUCGCAAGAAGAGUACGACGAAUACGAUGCUGUUGAACCGGAGUACUAUGACACAUCAUACUCUGAUCAGCACAACAACUAUAACGCAUUUAUCAAUCCCUACACCAGUAAUGCAAACAGUGACAGCCGAAGUACACUUAGCAAAAUUAAUAGCCUUCGGAACAGUAUGGUGAAAAACGCAGUAGAAGAUGAUGAAGAAGUGCAGGAGUUAAAAUCGUUGAUUCAUCAACAGAAAAAUAGUCGAGUGUCUCAACAGCAACGGCAGCAGCAACAUCUGCUGCAACCAGAGAUAGCCCAACAACCAUUCGAGAUUCCCACCCCGGAACCCAUUAAGGAUGUCAAGCAGCAACAGCAACGAUCACUCGCAAGCGACUACCAACAGUACGGCAGCACCGACAAUUGGCAACGAGACAAUCCAUCACAAUACAGCAACUACGACUACGAAAAUGACUACGACGAUAGCUGGAGCCACUGGGACCGUAAGCGCAAUGUUCAACCGAAAAAGGUAGCCAUUGCAUUACCUCUCAGUAGCACAACUCCGGUAACCAUCGUAACCACGACGGCAACGGCGAAAGCUACAACUGCGGCGAGUGCAACCAAAGAACACAGCGGCCAGAAAGAGGUAGCCAUUCCACGGCCAGCUUCUCCCGCGAGAAAUCCAUUUGCGAACCCCAACGGUCUACCGAAGGCUCAUCCGGUUCAGGCUGUGGCAGUAAAACAAACGGCCUCAGUCAAGACAAAAUCUGGCACCGUAUACGACACAAUCAAGAAGAUCAUCCAGAUGCAGCAAAAUUUGGAGGAUGCCGAUCUGGCUCAACAGUUGGACAACCAGAAGCACCGAGAUCCACGUGUUAGAAAGAGAUUUGUUACCAACGAAGAAUCCUUGGUGCAGCAGCUGGAUGGGCUCAAGCGAACGGCGUAAAUAUUACUUUCCGUACCAACUCUCAGCCAAAUGUAUCCAACAACAUCCAAUCCAACUAUUCAUUUCACUCGUAACAGCGAAUCAAAUUCGCGCUUAUCCGUUUCGUUUCGUUCAAAGGCUUAAAACUUUUCCAAAUAGCAAAUUUUUAUAUAAAAAUCAUGCAGUGCACUAGAUGAAAACUGAAUUUCUUUCAACAGUUUGGCCUAAUUGCUCGUCAUUUUUCUGGUGUGAGACACACCCUAAUACGAACGUGUUACAAUGAUAAAAUACAAAAGAGGUUAUGAAAAAACAACAACACUGAUACACAAAUGAAAACACUGAUUGAGACUGAAAUCAUGUAAAUAAUAACUAAAAACAGGAGUUUAAAAUGAUUAUAUAUUUAUGAAACAGGAGAACUGAACAUUUUUAAAAAUUUUAUUCAACAUUUUCCGUUCUAUUACAGAAAAGAAAAUAUUCUCUUCAUACUUGAACCUGUUUACUGUACAUACAUUAAAUACCGCUCAUGUCAAAUGGUUUACAGCUUUCGUUACUGUCGUCAGUAAUUUCAAAUAUUGACGCUCUCUUUUGUCCCCUUUUAUACGAGUUGGACUAUUUUGAAAGUGCUUGGACAAAAUGAGACCGUCAUUCAAUGAGUUAUGCUAUACAAUGGAUCAUGUCAAUUUGAAACAGCAGAAAUAUUAUCUCAGCUUUUAAACCAUUUUGAAGUUUUGAAUGCAUCAUUGCACUGCUAAUCGAGUAAGAAUGGGUGCUAAGUGUUAUAUGACUUAAUAUGGGAGCAUUCGUCUCCGGGACAGCCUACACUGAUUCUGUACACACACAUACACACACACUAACACACUUGAUCGAUAUCGAGCGAACUUUAGAUCAUUGAAAGAAACAAAUAAUAAAGCUCACACACUGAAAAAACGAACAAAUAAAAACCUAAAUAACAUGUUUAGAAGGGAAUAAUCAGACAGCGGAAAGAGACGACAAGACCCUUCCGAUGGCAGCUAGAGUCCGAAAUUUAAUAUGAAUAACUUAAACACAAAAUGUCACUCGCCCCCGGACGGGUUCUCUGGUGGCUCUUUGUUUCCAAAAGGGAUACACCUGAAUCCGAGAACCAACCGGCAGUGAUGGCAAUAUCAAACACAGUGAACUUUUUUUGCAGUUCCGGUAAUACAAAUAUUCACAAUGAAAACAGUUAUAAUAAAAAAAAUACUAAUCCAUCUGUAGGUUAAACGAACUGAUUGUAGAUGAUGAUGAAACAAUAGGAGAAGAAAAACUAAACACAGGAUCAUCCCCUUGUUAACUAUCAAACACAGAACAGGGGUGAUUUCAAACUGUAAAUAAUACCAACAGAGCAGAUAGUACCGAUUAAUGUUCCAUCAUUUUGAUCUACUAACUCAUUCGCUAAGCUUUUAUCAUUUGAUACCUCAACGAUAAAAGCUCAAAUCUGUUAUACCUUUCAAUUAAUAAUCGUUCUUCUUUGACAGGUUUCUUAUUUCUUUGCAACCACGCGCACUUAUUAAUAUAAGCACUGUUUUGUUGGUUAAGGCAUGUUAUAAAAAUGCAAUACCAGAUUCCAGAAGCUUUACUCAACAGUGUAGAUGUAUGUAAGUGAAAAAUCGUUAUCUACUCCUCAUCUACAGUGAACAACAAUCUAUCAUCAGUAUUUUACGAAAAGAUAAGCAUUCCUGUUUUCCCGGUAAUGCUUUGUGUGGGGAAGAGCUCAGAUAGCACCUAUUUUCAUAAAUUCUUUUUUUGCAAAUAUCACAACAUAUGAGAGCAAGGACUGUAAGUAGCUGAUGUAGCACUAACUAUUUUAUAAGACAAAAUUACUAGAAGUUUACCACUGCUUCACGAUUACGCAAAAUCGUUUGUUUAUUAACGGAUACAUAAAUACCGGAUUUAGUUGAACUUUUCGGAGAGCUGGCAGAGCACGACAUUAUUGAAGUUUUGUAUUCUUUUCUCAGAGAAACAAUCUGCGCCAAUGAGAGCAUGAAUUGGUGCAGGAUGCGGUGUCAUGACCAAAGCACACAGCUUCGAUUGCAGUGACGUCAAUAGGAAAUAACCCUAGCUGCAAGGUUAUGUCGUCAUUCUGCACAGAUGAUGAUUUUGCUUCAAUUUUGGACUAUGUGAACAGACAGCUUUCGUUUGUUUGCUAGCUGUUUUCAACUGUUGGUUUGUUUUUGCUUAAAUUCCUCCAAUUUGUUACGUCAGAUCACCGGUUCAAACGAAAUGCGGAGGCAACGAUGCAUUAAUCAUGAAAAACCCUGGGAUGAGGGAAACAAGUGAGGAUAAAAUAUGGAUAUUGUUUUUUGUUCGGAUUGAAGAGUAUAUUGAUGGAAACUGUCGUUGGAAGUGACACAUUAGUAACAUUGAUAUGUUUGGUGUUUGCGACACAUGUUGCAUAAAAACGUGUCAAUUAUAGUAUGCCGUAUAUCAAUUAUGUUCCUGUCACGUAUAUAUUCGCAGAUUUCCUAGCAAAUGUGCUUCUUUAGAGCAAAUGUGUUUUUUUUUUCGAAUGGUAACGAAUGACAUAAUUGUUUUGCUUAUCGAUUAAAAUAGACAUAAAAUCGAUUACUAUUUCAUAUUGAAAAAUAAUCUUUCCAUGUCCUUACAAUAGUGUGGUGGACACUGCAAUUGACAACUUGAUUUCAGAAAUUAAAAUUUUUCUGUCUACUAUGCUUUCAAUGCAUUCUUUGCCAUCUUUAAACCCAAAUGUCUUCUUUUCAAUAGAAGAAUGUAGACAUUUGAUGGUUUUCAAUACGUAUAUAGGUAAGAUCAACUGAGUUCGCCUCUCGUGACUGUCUCAAUGUGAACAAUGCAUUAAAUAACGCAUACACUCUAUAGGAAAAUAGCCAAAACAUUUAAAUUGAAAGAACUAACAUUACUGUGAAAAUGUGUAACCUAAUGCAGCAUAAAUUAGUUUCGAAGUGUGAAUCAGAGCUCCGAAACCACCGAUUCGCAGACAUUUCGUUACAAAUGUUGAAAAAUAACUCAACAACCUAAUUAUUCAAUCAAACAGCAACCGUAGAGAAUAUUUUACUAGCUAGGUAUACAUAAAAAAAUAUUAAAACCUUUAGUCUCUAGUGGAUUCCUCGAAAUAAUGAUAUAUAUAUAUUGAACGUACUGCAUCAUCAAAUUCCCUGCAAACACAACUAUCCUCUCGUGACCGAUUUUCUGGAUCAUGAAACAGACCAGUCACGAGUUUUUAAAUCUCAUACCCAGCAGAAUGAGAGUACAAUCAAUGAUCCAUAGCUCAAGCUUACUAGAGAACAACUAGAGUGGACCCAAUUACAAACGAAAGCCGAGUGCUCGGGAUCUCAUCAAAUUUAUACCAACAAUCAUCGUCCCAAUCUCGGAACUACAGUACUGACGAAAGCCAAAGCAUCAGAACAUGUUCCGGUUCAGCUCCGACCGGAAGAUAAUAUGGGGGAGGGUGGGGUGUGAACCGUGCAGUAAACGUGCCUCCAGGACACUUGUUGGAUUUUCGGAUAACAACAAAUCCAACCAACGGUUUUGAUGCACGAAGGACUUUUUUCUAACAUCGAUCGGAACGAAACCCUACUAAUGAAUGGGAAAGAAUGUAGAACAACCUGGCCUGUAAGCACAGUUUGAACAUGGCCCGAGAACGAAAUCAUUAUAAGUUGUUUCCGUUUUUAUAAUAUUGUUAUCAUGCUAACGGAGCCACCUGGUAUCUGUUCAAACAAGUAACAUCUAAUCUGUUUUCUUAAGUCGCGUGAUUAUCACGACAAGAGAACGGAAAAAGUUUAACUCAAUGGACACUAACGAUAGGAUGUUGCGAUGAUGUUUGUUUGCUUGGAAAGUGUUCCUUUUCUUUUUCCGCAACUCAUCUGUAGUUGUAAUUUCACCGUACUAUGCUCUCCGUUAAGAAACGAUGUCUAGCCGAAAAAUGUUCAAUAGUGGUUCAAUCCCUGUUGCUGCAAAGAUGUGAAACAGAAACCAAAUUUGACAAUAACUAACAUUUUAAAAAGGUGUCUUUUUUAUUAGAAACAGAUGAUACUACAAAUUUUUUAGCGCAAAAGCAACAAGUUGAAAGGAAACUAGAAAAGCCUAGGCUCCGAAAGAGUUGAUGUUUGUCAGUGUGUAUUCUCCUGUACAGUUAGCCAAGCUCUCGUACACACAAACCAUGCACUGUCAAACUCUAGUUGAAUGUUGUAACGGAAAAUAAAACAGAAUAAAUGUUAAAAACUUUUCAGUGUGGUUUUGUUAUAUUCUCAUUUAAGGGAAGCUA